AUGAAUAAUAAUGAUUCCGAUUUAGAUGACAUUCUUUGUCUUAAUAGUGAUGAUGAAGAUGAACAUAUCAAUGUCGAUUUGAAUGGUUCAAAUAUCAUAGAAGAUUCAAACGAUGAAAUGAAUAAUAUUAACGAACCAUCAACAUCAACUGGCAUUAAAAGAAAAAAACGUAACCGUUCAUUGUGGAACAGAAACGUUGAAAAAAAGAAAAGAAGUGAAGGUAUUGAAUUUAUUGGUAAUUAUAAAAAUAAAGUAUUAAAAAAAAGACAAAUUGGCAUGGAUUGUAAAUGUCCACUAAAUUAUUUUUCAAAAUUUAACGAGGAAGAAAAAAAUAAAACGAUUGAUAUUUUAAACAGUAUGGGUAGUAAGGAAAAACAAGAUACCUAUGUAUGUGCUCUUAUUACUGUUAAUAAAAUUGUAAGGCGUAGAUCAAAGACUGGAGAUGGACCUACAAGGUCUUGCUCAUGUAAAUUCAAAAUACGCAUUAAUAUCAGAGAUUAA